GGCCUGCCCUUAAAUGAAAAUGGAAUCAAAUUUCUCUCCCACCCCCCUAAUGUCAAACUAGGGGAGAAUAUGAUGUUCUUGGCGCAGAUGGGCUAAUCUGAUCACAUUCUGGCAAGGCUAUAUCAAUGUUCACAUCUAUUUACCUUUCUUCCUCCACCUGUUCUUUUGCAGUCUUAACUCCCCGGCAGGAAGUCCUGUCUCGAUCCAAAAAGGUCAAUUCAGACUACAGCGGGGACAGACCCACUGCUGCGUGGCCGGUAAAAGCUGCAGCCCUAAAGGUGAAUGCGUCAUCAAGGCUGAUAGAACUGGCACAGCCCCGGCCUUACCGGUCUGCCUGGGAAAUAAACCGUCCCCUAUAUCCAUUGGUGAGCAAAGGAGCACUGGCCGCUGUUCCCACGCAAAGGAUAAUUGCUCUAGCCAUACCACGGACUGUGCCCUCCAUUCCAAAGAAGCCACAUAGAAAACUGAUCCACCAUCCUGCUGGAGCGGCAAAGUAUGACGAGCUCUCCAAACCCAAAAUCUACACGUUUGACAAACGCGACACACUCCAGGUUUCCAAGGCGGCUCUCCAAUACGUUCCUUCUCCUCGCAUUCUCGAAAUUAGCCGCCCGGUGAGGAUAAGAGGCAAAGUGGCUUGAGUUAUGUAAAUGCUACACUUCCUUGAUUUCAUAUUAAAGGAUCCCAGACCUCUCGGACCUGGAAAAGAA